AUGGCUCUCGCCGCCAUUGUCCAAGCGGUGCUGGAGGCUAUGGUGCUAGCCAUAGCCGAAAAGGAGAUGGCAAGUGAAGCUUGGGAGGCACUCAAGGAGAUGCACAUUGAAGAAGAUCGAGUUCGGAAGGCGAAUGUGGAGGAGACCACUGUGGUGGAGAAGUUUCUGCAUACCGUCCCCGAUAAAUUUCAGCACAUCGUCAGCCUCAUCGAGCAAUGGGGCGAUGUGAUGAAGAUGACUAUGGCGGAGGCCAUUGGUCGCUUGAAGGCAUAUGAGGCAUUGAUGGCAGGGUGGUGUCGUGACAAGGAAGGGGAGCAGCUGCUGUUGGCCACAUGUGACGAGCCACGGCUGACGCGUGCUGAGUGGGAGGCCAAGGUUGCUGAAGAGAAGAGGAGCGAAGGUGGCUCCGACAACGAUGGCAUCGGUGGUGACAAGAAGAAGCACCGCGGCAAAUUUGACAAAACAAAAGUGCAUUGCUACAAGUAUCAAGAGUAUGGUUAUUUCGCCGAUGAGUGUCGUGAGGCAAAAAUGGAGAAGGCUCUUCUUGUCACAACAAAUGUGGAUCAUGAAUCGAUGUUGCUGUGA